AUGUGGCACCCGUACAUCCUUGCCCAGCAGCAAGCUGCUCAAGCGCAAGCUGCUCAUAUUCUCGCUGCUCAGGCCCAGGCGCAAGCCGAAGCCAUCGCCGUGCAGCGGCAUGCCCAAUCUCAGGCGCAAGCCCAAGCUCAUGCUCAUGCACAGCAGUUAGCUGCGAAGGAAAACUUGACAGAAGAGAAACUUCAAGAAAAAGUACUGUUUGCACAGAUAAACCGAGCCUUGAAAUACAUGCCACACGCUGUUCUGAAACUCCUUGAGAACAUGCCGAUGCCGUGGGAGCAGAUUCGUGAUGUUAGCGCAUUGUACCACAUCACGGGUGCUAUUACUUUUGUGAACGAAAUCCCGUGGGUGAUCGAGCCGAUUUACAUUGCUCAGUGGGGCACGAUGUGGAUUAUGAUGCGUCGUGAAAAACGUGAUCGACGUCAUUUCAAGCGAAUGCGUUUUCCUCCAUUCGACGAUGAAGAACCCCCGUUGGACUACGCCGACAACAUCCUCGAUGUUGAACCUUUGGAAGCCAUUCAAAUGGAAUUGGAUUCGGAAGAGGAUAAACCUGUUUUAGAUUGGCUGUAUGAGCAUAAGCCGUUGGCGGAAUCGAAAUUUGUGAAUGGGACGACUUACCGACGAUGGCAGUUGUCUUUGCCUCAAAUGGCCACCCUGUAUCGUUUGGCAAACCAGCUCUUGACUGAUCUUGUAGAUGAGAACUACUUCUAUCUCUUCGACGUGAAGUCGUUUUUUACCGCCAAAGCUCUAAACUUGGCUAUUCCGGGUGGACCCAAGUUUGAGCCUCUUGUGAAGGAUCAGAGUCAUUUGGAUGAAGACUGGAAUGAGUUCAACGACAUCAAUAAAAUCAUCAUUCGUCAGCCGGUUCGAACUGAAUAUCGGAUUGCGUUUCCAUAUCUGUAUAACAGCAUGCCAAAGUUUGUUCAUUUGUCGUGGUACCACACUCCAAAUGUGGUCUACAUCAAAACGGAGGACCCUGAUUUGCCCGCUUUCUAUUUCGAUCCGUUGAUCAAUCCGAUUGCACAUCGUCAUGCCGUGAAGUCGUACGAGCCUGUUGUCGAAGAUGACGAGGAUUUCGAAGUUCCAGAAUAUUGCCAGCCCUACAUGCAAGAAUUUCCCUUGUAUUCGGACAACACGGCGAACGGAAUUUCACUGCUGUGGGCCCCACGACCAUACAACCUCCGGUCCGGUCGUUCAAGAAGAGCUGUGGAUGUUCCUCUUGUCAAAACGUGGUACAUGGAACAUUGUCCCGCUGGAAUGCCCGUGAAAGUGCGCGUGUCAUAUCAGAAGCUUUUGAAAUACUUCGUGCUCAAUGCUUUGAAACAUCGGCCACCGAAAGCGCAGAAGAAACGCUAUCUCUUCCGAUCGUUCAAGGCGACGAAGUUCUUUCAGUCAACCCAGUUGGAUUGGGUGGAAGUUGGGCUCCAGGUGUGCAGACAAGGAUACAACAUGUUGAAUCUUCUGAUUCAUCGCAAGAAUCUGAACUAUCUGCAUUUGGAUUACAAUUUCAAUCUCAAGCCUGUCAAAACGUUGACUACGAAGGAGCGUAAAAAGUCCCGAUUCGGAAAUGCUUUCCAUCUGUGUCGCGAAAUCCUCAGACUCACGAAGUUGCUGGUUGAUGCGCAUGUUCAAUACCGACUGAACAACGUGGAUGCAUUCCAACUUUCGGACGGGAUCCAGUACAUCUUCUCUCAUGUUGGUCAGCUGACUGGAAUGUACCGUUACAAGUACAAGUUGAUGCGCCAAAUCCGGAUGUGCAAAGACAUCAAGCACUUGAUUUACUAUCGUUUCAACACCGGAGCUGUGGGCAAAGGCCCUGGCUGUGGGAUCUGGGCACCUGCUUGGCGCGUCUGGCUGUUCUUCCUCCGCGGAGUCACGCCGCUGUUGGAACGAUGGCUCGGAAAUCUUCUCAGCAGACAGUUCGAGGGUCGUCAUUCGAAAGGUGUUGCCAAAACAGUGACGAAGCAGCGUGUAGAAUCCCACUUUGAUUUGGAGCUUCGUGCUUCUGUGAUGCACGACAUUCUCGACAUGAUGCCCGAGGGUAUCAAGCAGAACAAAGCCAAGACGAUCUUGCAGCAUUUGUCGGAAGCGUGGCGUUGCUGGAAGGCGAACAUUCCUUGGAAAGUGCCUGGUUUGCCAACGCCCAUCGAGAACAUGAUUCUGCGUUACGUGAAAAUGAAGGCCGAUUGGUGGACGAACACAGCGCACUACAACCGUGAGCGUAUUCGUCGAGGGGCGACCGUAGACAAGACUGUUUGCAAAAAGAAUCUUGGAAGACUAACGAGAUUGUAUCUCAAGGCUGAACAGGAACGGCAGCACAAUUACCUUAAGGAUGGUCCGUACAUCAGUCCAGAAGAAGCUGUUGCGAUCUACACAACCACUGUACACUGGCUGGAGUCGAGGAGAUUUGCACCGAUUCCGUUUCCCCCAUUGUCUUACAAGCACGACACCAAGCUGCUGAUUUUGGCGUUGGAGCGAUUGAAAGAAGCUUACAGUGUGAAGUCGAGGUUGAAUCAAAGUCAGCGCGAGGAGUUGGGCUUAAUCGAACAGGCUUACGAUAACCCUCAUGAAGCCUUGUCUAGGAUCAAGCGUCAUUUGCUGACGCAACGAGCUUUCAAAGAGACUGGGAUCGAGUUCAUGGACUUGUACAGCCACCUGAUUCCGGUUUACGACGUGGAGCCGUUGGAGAAAAUCACUGAUGCAUAUUUAGAUCAGUAUUUGUGGUACGAAGCUGACAAGAGAAAACUCUUUCCCCCGUGGGUGAAGCCGGCCGACUCGGAACCUCCCCCCUUGUUGGUGUAUAAAUGGUGCCAAGGAAUCAACAACCUUCAGGAAGUUUGGGAAACGUCGGACGGUGAAUGCAACGUUUUGAUGGAAACACAGCUGGAGAAGUUGUACGAGAAGAUCGACUUGACUCUGCUCAAUCGUUUACUGCGUUUGAUCGUCGAUCACAACAUUGCCGAUUAUAUGACUGCGAAGAACAACGUUGUCAUCAAUUACAAAGACAUGAAUCACACCAACAGUUAUGGUAUCAUCAGAGGAUUGCAGUUUUCCAGUUUCAUUGUUCAAUAUUACGGCCUCGUGAUCGAUUUGUUGAUCCUCGGGCUGCAAAGAGCUUCGGAAGUUGCUGGACCUCCACAAAUGCCGAACGAGUUCUUGACUUUCCAAGACACGGUUUCGGAAGUGGCGCAUCCUAUUCGACUGUACAGUCGUUACAUAGAUCGAAUCCAUCUAUUCUUCAGGUUCACUGCGGAUGAGGCCAAAGAGCUGAUCCAGCGGUAUUUGACGGAGCAUCCUGAUCCGAACAACGAAAACAUUGUUGGUUACAACAACAAAAAGUGUUGGCCUCGUGACUCUCGUAUGCGAUUGAUGAAGCAUGAUGUCAAUCUUGGACGGGCCGUAUUUUGGGACAUCAAGAAUCGAUUGCCGAGAUCCGUGACCACGAUCGCCUGGGAGAACUCAUUUGUCAGCGUUUACUCCAAGGAUAAUCCGAAUCUCCUCUUCAAUAUGGCUGGUUUCGAAUGUCGCAUCCUGCCAAAAUGCAGAACGUUGCAAGAAGAGUUCACGCAUCGCGAUGGAGUGUGGAAUCUUCAAAAUGAAAUCACCAAGGAAAGAACUGCGCAAUGUUUUUUGAGAGUUGACGACGAAUCGAUGGGCCGAUUCCACAAUCGCGUCCGCCAGAUUCUCAUGGCGUCAGGCUCGACGACUUUCACGAAGAUCGUGAAUAAGUGGAACACGGCAUUGAUUGGGUUGAUGACGUACUUCAGAGAAUCGGUAGUGAGCACGCAAGAACUUUUGGAUUUGCUGGUCAAGUGCGAGAACAAGAUCCAGACUCGUAUUAAGAUUGGCUUGAACUCGAAAAUGCCUUCGAGAUUCCCUCCCGUUGUGUUCUACACGCCCAAGGAAUUGGGAGGUCUGGGCAUGUUGUCUAUGGGCCACGUGCUUAUUCCACAGAGUGACCUGCGGUGGUCGAAGCAAACUGAUGUUGGCAUCACGCACUUCCGGUCCGGAAUGAGUCACGACGAGGAUCAAGUCAUUCCCAACUUGUACCGCUAUGUCCAACCGUGGGAAGCUGAAUUCAUUGACUCGCAGCGAGUUUGGGCUGAAUAUGCACUCAAACGGCAAGAAGCGAAUUCACAAAAUCGGCGUUUGACCCUCGAGGAUUUGGAGGACAGUUGGGAUCGUGGGAUUCCUAGAAUCAACACAUUGUUUCAGAAGGAUCGACAUACGCUGGCUUAUGAUAAAGGCUGGCGUGUGAGGACGGAGUUCAAGGCCUACCAAGUUCUGAAGCAAAACCCGUUCUGGUGGACUCAUCAGCGACACGACGGUAAAUUGUGGAACUUGAAUAACUACCGAACGGACAUGAUACAAGCACUAGGCGGAGUGGAAGGAAUCUUGGAACACACGCUGUUUAAAGGAACGUAUUUCCCCACGUGGGAAGGUCUUUUCUGGGAAAAAGCAUCAGGUUUCGAAGAGUCGAUGAAGUACAAGAAGCUGACGAACGCCCAGAGAUCUGGGUUGAAUCAAAUUCCGAAUCGUCGAUUCACGUUGUGGUGGUCGCCGACGAUCAAUCGUGCCAACGUAUAUGUUGGCUUCCAGUCCUACAAGAUGAAUUCUUCGUGUGCGGACAUUCUGCUGUUUGCCUCUUACAAGUGGAACGUUUCGCGUCCGAGUCUUCUCGCCGACUCGAAGGACACAAUGGACAACACGACGACUCAGAAGUAUUGGUUGGACAUCCAGCUUCGUUGGGGGGAUUAUGACUCGCACGACGUUGAACGUUAUGCCAGAGCCAAAUUUUUGGACUACACGACGGAUAACAUGUCGAUUUAUCCUUCUCCUACCGGGGUAUUAUUGGCGAUCGAUUUGGCGUACAAUUUGCACUCUGCGUAUGGAAAUUGGUUCCCGGGCUCCAAGCCUUUGGUGCAGCAGGCGAUGGCGAAGAUCAUGAAAGCCAACCCGGCGUUGUACGUGUUGCGUGAGCGAAUUAGGAAAGGCCUGCAGUUGUAUUCUUCGGAGCCGACUGAGCCGUAUUUGUCGUCGCAGAACUAUGGGGAAUUGUUCUCCAAUCAGAUCAUUUGGUUCGUCGAUGACACGAACGUUUAUCGUGUGACGAUUCACAAGACGUUCGAAGGAAACUUGACGACGAAACCGAUCAACGGUGCCAUCUUCAUUUUCAAUCCGAGAACAGGACAGCUGUUUUUGAAGGUCAUUCAUACUUCUGUGUGGGCUGGUCAGAAGCGUCUUGGUCAGUUGGCGAAGUGGAAAACCGCCGAAGAAGUUGCUGCCUUGAUCCGCUCUCUGCCUGUGGAAGAGCAGCCUAAGCAAAUCAUCGUUACGAGGAAAGGCAUGUUGGAUCCCCUGGAAGUCCACUUGCUUGAUUUCCCCAACAUUGUCAUCAAGGGCAGUGAACUGCAGUUGCCGUUCCAAGCCUGUCUGAAGGUGGAGAAAAUUGGCGAUUUGAUCCUGAAGGCGACGGAACCGCAAAUGGUGUUGUUCAACUUGUACGACGACUGGCUGAAGACGAUCUCAUCCUACACGGCGUUCUCGAGAUUAAUUCUGAUUCAACGUGCGUUGCACGUCAACACGGAUAGGACGAAGGUGAUCCUGAAGCCAGACAAGGGAACCAUUACCGAACCCCAUCACAUCUGGCCUUCCCUGACGGACGAUGAAUGGAUCCGCGUUGAGGUCCAGCUCAAGGAUCUCAUCCUCGCCGAUUACGGGAAAAAGAAUAAGUUGAUCUCUGGGUACAUUUACGGCUCGAGCCCCGCGGACAAUCCUCAAGUGAAGGAGAUCCGCUGCGUAGUGAUGCCGCCGCAGUGGGGCACUCAUCAGAGCGUGAACUUGCCCCACACUCUGCCGAACCACGAGUACCUCAAGGACUUGGAGCCCCUGGGCUGGAUGCACACGCAGCCGAAUGAGCUGCCGCAAUUGUCGCCGCACGACAUCACGACUCACGCGCGGAUCAUGUCGGAUAAUCCAGCCUGGGACGGCGAGAAGACCAUCGUCAUCACUUGCAGCUUCACUCCGGGUUCAGUUUCUUUGACUGCCUACAAACUCACUCCGAGCGGGUUUGAAUGGGGUCGAAGCAACACGGACCGGGGAAACAACCCGAAGGGGUAUCUACCCUCGCAUUACGAACGCGUGCAGAUGAUCCUUUCGGAUCGAUUCCUGGGAUUCUUCAUGGUCCCGGCGCAUGGGUCGUGGAACUACAAUUUCAUGGGUUAG